CCUGUGGGGGUGUCCCUGAUAUUACGUCAGAAGCCCCCCACGCACACACACCCACGUAAUGCGCGUGGAGCACUUCCUCCUCUCGGCGUUUCCUCCCAUUGGUCGUCGUCUGGCAACUUUUUCCAAGCUGGUGCGUCCUCGCUGACUGCGUGACUAAAGCAAAAGUUUGGCAGCACGUCGAGACCGAGUCCACCUGCACCCUCGUCGUCAACUUCCUGCAGAAGCCGCCAUGAAAAUUGCAUCGUUCAACGUCCAGAAGUUUGGACGAAGCAAAGUGUCCGACGCAGAAGUCGUUGGGAUCCUGGUCAAGAUUAUCCGGCGCUAUGACAUCAUCGUGAUCCUGGAGGUGGUGGACAUCAGCGGCACGUCGGUCAAAACCCUUUUGGAUGCGCUCAACACGCCCGACGCCACUCAUCGCUACACCAUGAAGCUGAGCAGCCGGCUGGGCCGAUCCAGCUACAAGGAGCAGUUCUUGUUCUUGUACAGGGACGACUUGGUGGACCUGGUGGGCUCCUAUCAGUUCGACGACCAGGAGACCGACGGCAGCGACGUCUUCGCCAGGGACCCUUACAUCCUGCGGUUCCGAUGCCACCGCACCGUGCUGAAGGACCUGGUGAUGAUUCCCGUUCACACCAAACCGCAGGACUCGGAGACCGAGCUCGACGAGCUCUUUGACGUCUUUGAGCACGUCAAGAACAAGUGGAGGACUGAUAACGUGAUGAUCUUGGGCGACUUCAACGCGGACGGCGCGUACGUGUCGGACCGCAAACUGCAGGGCAUUCGCAUUCGCGCCGACAAAAACUUCCACUGGCUGAUCGGAGACGACGUGGACACCACGGCCAGCACGGGGAACGCGCACACCUACGACAGAAUCGUGGUCUACGGCGACGACAUGCUCCGCGCUGUGGUUCCCCGCUCCGCCAGACCCUUCAACUUCCAGAAAGCCUUUGACCUCAGCGACGAGCAGGCACUGAAGGUGAGCGACCACUACCCGGUGGAGGUGGAGCUCAGGUCCCUCGCCAACCCGCGACAAGAAAACCAAGCCACCCGGGAAGGUCCAGAUUUGGAAAGUGAACUCCUGGAGUUGAAGCGUGGAAACCUGCUGCUGGAGCGCGAGAAACUCAAGCUGGAGAUGCAAAUCCUGCAGAUGAAACUGGACAAGAUGACGCGAGGAGACGAAAAAGAGCAGCUGCUGUUCCAGUCGCCGCGCCGCCAGCCGUCCUCCAGGUGCAAAUUGCAGUAACAUGACGACCCAACGACCCGGCCCGCCAGGUCCAGGCCAGAAGAAGACCCCGGAGGGUCUCUUGUCCUCGGGCUGACAAGAGGUCAUUUCAACACCAGUCUGCUCACGUGAAAAGUGCAAAUUUGGUAACGCCGCGGUGACCUCAUUCAAUGCAUCUACUCGACAGACAUUUUUUAAUGAUCUGAUAUUUUGUGACCUCAUUCAACGCCCUUUUGCUUUUGAAACGAUAUUUCCGCUUAAAACUUAUUUGAAGGCGUCACCGCUUGACGUCCGUCUCGGAGUUUUGAGCUUUGGGAUUUGAAUCUUUGCAUGUUGUUCUUGUGGACUUUUUCUUUUUCACACGAGACUCCAAAUUGUCAAAAGCUGCAAUUAUGAAUUAUGAAUGCUUGUCUGUGUUUUUAGAAAUGGUUGGCGACCGUACUCCAGCUUCACUUUCUCUUUUUCCCCCAGUUCUCUCGCCAAAACUCAUCUGGGUUGGACUUCAAAAUAUCACAAUUCUAAUGAAGGUCGUAAUAAUUAUGAUUGUUUCUGGCAGAACAAACUUUUUUUUUUUGUUUGCUUUAAAACAUGUUUUUCUGGUGAUCAGUCAUAAGCGUAUAAAACUUUGUGAUAUUUUGCCCCCUGAACAUGUUUUGCUAUUAUAGCUCAUUAAUUCCACGGAUAGAGAUAUAAAAACAA